ACAGGAGAGAGACGUGACUGUCCCGGAUCCUCUGGGGAGGCUCAACGACAUCAUGAUGCUGACGAGGCAGAGAAGAGUCUCUCCAGAGCAGAACACCUCAAGAAACCCCAGCGGAGGCCCACAGGGAAGAAACCUCACCGCUGCUCUGACUGUGGGAAGAGUUUCACCUCUUCAACAGAACUUAAAAUACACCACAGAAUCCAUACAGGAGAGAAACCUUAUAGCUGCACUGACUGUUUGAAGAGAUUUUCUCAACUAGGGAACCUGACAAAACACCAGUUGACACACACAGGAGAGAAGCCUUACCACUGCUCUGACUGUGAGAGGAUCUUUUCAACAUCACAGCGUUUAAACCUGCACCAGCGAACGCACACUGGAGAGAAGCCUUACCACUGCUCAGACUGUGGGAAAAGCUUAACCUCCUCAAGUGAACUUAUUAUACACCAGAGAACACAUACAGGAGAGAGGCCUUAUGGCUGUGAUCAAUGCGGGAAACGAUUCACUCAGUCAUCAAACCUGACUGUACACAAGAGAAUACACACUGGAGAGAAACCUUAUCGCUGCUCCAACUGUGGAAUGAGCUUUACUACCUCAAGCUAUCUGAUAACACACCAGAGAACACACACAGGAGAGAAGCCUUAUAGCUGUGAUCAAUGUGGGAAGAGUUUUACUCAGCCAAGUCACCUGAUUGUACACCAGAGAAUACACACAGGAGAGAAACCUUACCACUGCUCUGACUGUGGGAAGGGUUUUGUUAGAUCAUCACAUUUAAAAUCUCACCAGAGAACACACACAGGAGAGAAACCUCACCACUGCGCUGAAUGUGGGAAGAGUUUUGCUUUAUUAGACAUACUAAUAGUACAUCAGAGAACCCACACUGGUGAAAAGCCUUACCACUGCUCAGACUGUGGUAAGAGAUGUACUACCUCAAGUAACCUGAUAUCACACAAGAGAACCCACACUGGAGAGAAACCUUACCACUGCUCUGACUGUGGGACGAGUUGUUCUACCUCAAGCAACCUGGCAGUACACCAGAGAACACACACUGGAGAAAAGCCUUAUAGCUGUGAUCAGUGUGACAAGAGAUACUCUCAUUCAAGUUCUCUGAUUAAACAUCAGAAAAUACACUCAGGAGAUCCACAGAGUGUGGAAUGAUCUCCAACACCAGACCUGGGUAGUAGAACACAGAGUGUGGAAUGAUCUCCAACACCAGACCUGGGUAGUAGAACACAGAGUGUGGAAUGACCUCCAACACCAGACCUGGGUAGUAGAAAACAGAGUGUGGAAUGAUCUCCAACACCAGACCUGGGUAGUAGAACACAGAGUGUGGAAUGACCUCCAACACCAGACCUGGGUAGUAGAAAACAGAGUGUGGAAUGAUCUCCACCAGACCUGGGUAGUAGAACACAGAGUGUAGAAUGAUCUCCAACACCAGACCUGGGUAGUAGAACACAGAGUGUAGAAUGAUCUCCAACACCAGACCUGGGUAGUAGAACACAGAAGCCAUCGGGCCUCCAUCUUGGUAAAAACAUAUUUAGGAAGCUUUGGAAAUUGAUUUAUUAAUGUUAAUUAAUUAAAACACGUUUAUUCUAUUAUACACCUUAAUACUUUAUAUUUUCACAUUAUAUUUUAACAUAACAA